AUGGCCGAUCUUCAAGCCCGCAUAGGGCCCAAAGUAUUUCCCAACAAGUCCUGGACAAGACCAGGGUACGAACCCCCGGCACAAGUGAAGAGUUCUCCAAAACACCAUAAUAAGUGGAAAAGCACUAGACGGAGUGCAGGAUACGACAGCGAUGCGUCUAGUAAUUCCAGUCACGACGGGAGUUCGUCUCGCCAGAGAUCCCACUCUCGUAAGGCAUCUAUUUUCAGCCGUCUCGGCCUCUCCAAUCCCGAUAACUUGGAAGGUGAAGAUGAAGAUGUGGAAGACGCGGAAGCCGGAAACGUGGAGAAGACUUUGCUGGAACGUGUGGGGGUCACCUCGCCUCGAGCUUCACAUCUGCCUCCGGACGUUAAUGCCGUAUUAUAUCCUCGGGCGACUACGAACCAGGACGAAGAUAUGACUGCAGGUUCUUCCAGAAGUGAAGAUGGUGUCAUUAUGGGCGCUAAAUGGGAUUCUGAGCCGUCUGUCAGAUCGGGGCUAAUCGAGGAGUGCACAACUUUGGAUAACCAGGGAAAGGCGACCUUGACAAGCAUUAUAUCCAACAGCGGCACUGGAAAAGACAGUGGAAGCGAGAAGCUGUCGACUCAUGGGCCCUCGCAAGAUGCAGGCCAAAUUACCAAUCAAGUCAGCCACACUUCUCCCCCACCUUCAGCGACAGCCCCGUCUUCCAGCACUGUAGAGCAAAAGAACCUCAGAUCGCACCCAAGCACCUCGAACAACUCGGAUACAGCCAACCUGGGCAGCGGUCCCCGUUCCCCGAGCGAAGAAGGCGAGUUGUCUGAGCCACUAUCGGCCAACGGCGUCCGUGGUCUUCUGGCACCUCUCGUUCUACGAAACGCGGGAGGUCGCUCUUCCAAAACGGCUACCAACCCUCUGAGCCCAGGCGAGCUUCCACAGAUCCUCACAAGCGACGACAUAUCCUCGUUUGGUGGAACUAUGUCCAACCUUGGGAUGGAGCUCCGUGCACAAGCAGGCCCGAAAGGUGGCACCGGUUCAUUUUCAGCGCCGAACGAGACCCCACCAUCGGCUCCUCGUGCAAUGCGAAAGGCAAGCUGGGAACGUCAGCCUACAUCUGCAUAUGCAUCUUCGUCUACUUUCGCGGACCCUAAACACGCUACAGCUCGAUCCCCGCUCGCGAUCCCAGAAGCUGGUCUUCGACGUCACGAUACCAUCCUUUCUCCAACGUCUGGUCGAUACCUUCCAUCGCUGCGAUAUACACCGAGCCCGCAACGUCCUGAAACACGCCAUCAUGCAUCUCCAUCGAGUUCCAGACGUACUCGAUCGCCGUCACCUACUUCAACACAUCACUCGUCUUUCGCUCGCGACCGACACUAUGAUCCUUACUAUCAUGAGCGUCUGCCCCGUGGCUCGUUAUUAGCAGCCACACCAAUGGCAGAGCCAUCUUUGCACCGUCCUGCACGCCAAACGUCUCCAAUAGACAGGACCGACGGUCGUCGUUGGAGUCUCCGCGCUAUGGCAAAGGACGACAGGACAAUGACCGACGUCGUCCUUCCUACAACAAGACUAGCAGGCGAAGAGAUGAUUCUACUGAUAGAGGACGAACACGUCGACUUGAUGACGAGAGAUCAAGGCGUUCCGCUUCACCUGCUCCUCGGGGACCAUACAAGCCUUAUGCCACAGGUCGACAGCGUUCUCGCUCUUAUUCUCGCUCUCGUUCUCGCUCUUACUCGCGGACACCAUCUCCUCGGCGGUCACGUCAUAGACUUCCGAAAACACACCCUCCUCGAGGACUAUAUAUUUCCAGAGAUCCUUGGCAAAAUGCUUAUCCUUAUGAAGAACAACAACAAAUGGGUUACUCAAUAUCACAGUCACCAAGUCCUCAUGAGAAAUAUGCCUCAUCCUUGGAAAGAACUGGAUAUCACACACAUGAGACAUAUAUGCAAGAUAGCAGGGAUCAAUCCCAAUCACAAAAUUCAAUUCUGGUUGCUGAACAAGAUGCAGAGCAAGCUCCUCAAGUGA